AUGGCUUCACCGACGACCUCGAACCUGCCCUCAAGGGCCACCACCGGAUUGAGCGCCUUUAGUGACGAUGCUAUUCCCGAGGUCGACCCUUCAACCACGGCGGGACUGCUCGCAGAGCGACUCCAGGCGUGGAAGCAUGCUGUUGGUUACCUCGAGGAGUAUAUGAAGGCCAUGGAAAAGAUUCACGGUCACCACGCCAAAGAGUACGAGAAGGCGCUGAAGACCAUCUCGAAUCCCCUUAAGGAGGGCCACCACUUUGACCAAAGCCUGGGCGGAAUUGCCGGCUUCUUCGAGAACAUGCGCUCCAACACCCAAUCCAUGAUCAACACCAACAUCGAGACCGAAAAAAGCAUCAAGGGCUCUGUCCUCCCCGUUCUCGAGCGACUGCACAAGGAGAUUAAGCACAAGGCCAAGGAGCUGGCCCACGGUGCCGAAAAGGGCGCCAAGGAGGUUGAGAAGGCCCGUAACACAACACAGAAGCAUAUUGAGCUGCUCGGACAGCAGGCCGCUGCUUUCGACUCGGCUGGUGGUCACCUCCACAGCAAUGACGACCCCUAUGUCAUCUACCGGGGUGUUCUGCACCGCUUGAAUACUCAGGUCAUCACCGAGAACAAUCACCGCAACGACCUUCUCGCCGUCCAGAACAACUUCUCGACCUUUGAGUCCCAUGUUAUCGAGGUGAUCCAGCAAGCAUUCGAGGCAUUCGUGCAGCUUGCAGGUGGUCAGGCUGAGAAGACGCAUGCCCUUCACAACGACAUGUUGGGCUCGAUCCAGCGAGUUGGCCCCGAGUUUGAGUGGAAUGCUUUCAAGGACCGCAGCGCUGACCGUCUCGUCAACCCUAACGAGCCCGCCCGGUCUGUCGAGGCUAUCCAGUUCCCCAACAUGGACCACACGGCAACUCGUGCCCUGAUCGAGGGUUCACUGGAGCGCAAGUCGCGCAACAAGCUGUCGUGGGGUUACUCGACUGGCUACUACGUUGUCACGCCAGCCAAGUUCCUGCACGAGUUUAAGGACUCUGACAACAACCGUGUGGACCCCAAGCCCGAACUGUCCGUCUAUCUCCCUGACGCAGUCAUCGGCACGGUUCAGGGCGAGAAGUUCAGCGUCAAGGGCAAGGACAAGUCCAAGACAAUGAGCAGCAAGCUGACAGGCUCCACCGAGCUACAAUUCAAGGCACACACGGCGGCCGAUGCCCAGAAGUGGUUCCAGAUUCUCUCGGAUGUUGGCAAGUCGACAGCGCCUCUCAGUGUCGGUUCCAGCCCAGUUGCCUCCGCGCCCACGUCGCCCAACCCUCAGGGUGCCAACGACAACCCGCUUGACAACAAGCUGCAGUCUCCCAUCAGCCCGGCGGGCGAGCACAAGGCACAGGAAGCGGGCGUCGUAGGCGGCGAGGCCCCUGCCGCGACGAGUGAGAAGAAGGCAGAGGCAGCUUAA